AUGUACACAGAUAACCCUAAACUCCUGAAUGGAGGCGUCGCAUUCAUCACCGGCGCUGGUCAGGGUAUCGGCGAGGCUACGGCUUUGCAGUUCGCCAAAUGUGGAGCAUCAGCGUUAGCAAUAAGCGACAUCAAUCUCUCAUCUUUGGAGAAAGUCGCGCAAAAGCUCAGGUCCGAGUAUUCAGAGGUGGAGGUUGAGGCAAUCUACAUCGAUACAAGCCACGAGCAGAGUAUCAUCGAUGCUCAUAAAGUAGCCAUUGAGCGUUUCGGCAGGAUUGAUUACGCAGUCAACAAUGCAGGCGUAGCAGGUCCCUUCAAGUCGUCCAUUGACAUGUCUCGAGAACAGUUCUUGUUCGGUAUCAAUAUCAAUAUGGUCGGCGUGUGGCUGUGCCAGAGAGAACAGCUCAAACAAAUGCAGAAGCAGGAAGGGCUCACUCCAGGGGCAAGCCGGGGAACGAUCGUCAAUCUGUCAUCUAUCUAUGGCCAUAAGUGCGGCGACUCGAACACCUCUUAUGGUACCGCAAAGCAUGCUGUGCUCGGAAUCACACGAAAUGAUGCAGUCAACCAUGAAAUUUACCUUGCUGAUCCUGACAGCUUCAUCGAGACCCCGAUGACAAGUAGGUCAGAAGGUCCAUCCCCAGGUAUGAAGAGAUAUCUGGCUACCGUUCCAAUGGAACGACUAGGACAGCCCGAGGAGGUAGCAGACGUGAUUUUGUUUCUAUCCUCGCCGUUGAGUCGAUACAUGACUGGAACAGACAUCAUGGUAGAUGGCGGUUUCCGACCGAGGGGGCAAAAUCGACCAGUCGACCCGCAACAAUCUCACAAUAACAAUGCGAACGUUGCAAGGUAUUCUGCACCUCCGCAACGGCAAUACGAUGACAUGGUUGAAGUUCAAAAUCAGCCGGCCGAUACAAUGGCGCCCGAUGUAGAGGCGGGAUCUACUCCAGAUUAUACAGUCCAGCCACCGCAUCAACUUACCGUUGGCGGCAACCCAAUAUCGUCUGUAGGACUCUUCAGUGACCCUCAUGCUACGACGCACGACAUGGAUUUGUACUUCGACAGCAGCUUCCCGGAUGAGGAUAUUCUUGGCCAGUACAUGGAUCUAGCGGACAUUGGUGACCCCUUCAACUUCCAUGCAGGUGCCUCUAACCCUGUACAGGACUUCUCGCUCAAUAACGGAAGCUGCGCAAGUGACAUUACUUCGCUGUCGGCAGAUGCUACAUGCUACUUCCGGUCCCCACUCCCUUGGGUUCGAGACUGGUUGGUGUCCCGCGCCCACGACAACGGACAACACACAAAAUUGCUGAAAGAUAGAGCUUUCAUCCUUCCCAGCUCCGAAGAAAUUAGGAUGGCCAUCAUGCUGUACUUCACACACCUACAGCCUAGACUCCCCGUCCUGAGCGAGCGCGAAUUUCACGGGCUCUUGUCAGGGGCACAGUCCAAGCCGAUAAGUCUGGCGCUGCUGUAUGCUAUUCUAUUCGUUGCAACUCCUUAUCUAGCUGCGGAAGGACGAAGACUGGCGGGAUACAACUCAUUCUUUGCUGCAACGUGCGACUUCUAUUCGAGAGCAGCGUUGCUUCUCAGGCUAGGUUGCGAAGAGGAUCCACUUCGCAUGGUCCAAAUAUUUCUGCUUUUAAGCACCUAUCGAUCUUUCGAGAACCGCUAUUAUGAGAAUGAACGCUACGUCGUCAAAGCGUACGAGCUUCUUGUGGAGAACAAUGCUUUACAGCAAGAUUCCAAUCCUCCCAGACCGGAUCUACUAGGAUGGAAGCGAGCCACCAUGUGUUUUAUGUCCCGGGCUGCGUGUUUACUCAUUGCACUCAAAAGGACCAGCAAGCCAGAAAUGUUUGGGUCUUUUCCGUCAUUUUGGCGCAACGUCUCUUUGGAUGACUUCAAGGAAGACUACGAAUUCUCGUGGUAUUUGAGUGCCGAGGCCAAGAAAAACACUUACCAAUUGUUCGUCGCCCUUUUCCAGCUUCAGAUGGGCGUGGUUCCUCUUGGGAAGCUGCUGGUGAAUCGGAUGGCACUAGACGCCGGCAAUCUGACGCACAGCCAGGCCUCGCCAUACGCGGGCGAGCACUUGUCCAUCGAAGAUAUUGAGCUCAAAAUAGACGGAUGGAAACAGGAAAAUAACGGCUUACUGGAUACAAAGCCGCUGGAAUCGUUCUCGUCGGCAGAUCUGAAAGCCUUCAAGAUAGCCCAAGCUUUCACAAGGCUUUCGUACGAAUCUGAGCUAUACCAUACGACCUUGAUAGUGGAUACGAGCGUCCUUACAAAGUGGGCCAUCAGACUCCGCGAGUCGUCUCGAAUAUCGCUUCGUGAGUCGGUCGCAACAACUGUAGCUAUCGUGGAAACCCUGGUGACUGAAGGUCUUUCUGCCUUUCUUCCCCCGGGAAGUCUGUGCUGCAUUAUAAUUCCACUGACAAUCUUCCACGUGCAUCUAAAAACAACAUCAAUAUUUGACCCGCCCAUGCUGGAGAAACUUUCUUUGUGCGCUAAAGUCGUGCAAGAUCUGUGUCGACUGCACGAUCCUGCCCGCUUCUUCCACGCUCUAAUAAGUUCAACACUAGCAUUGGUUGAGCGAUGGCAACAGACAGAACUUCAAGCCCAAGCGGCUCACAGCAAGGAUACUGAUACGGGAACCAACAGUCUGACAUGCACCGAGCAUAACAACGUGCCAUUGCCGGGACUAGUUCUGCACUCCUCAAUCAUUCGGUUUCAGAAUCAGGCGUACGCCAACGGGACACCUCAAUAA